AUGUCACAGCGGGAUGUCAUCGACUUCUCGUUGCUGGAGCGAGAGCUGCAGGCGGCGGUCGAGUCUGAGCGGAGAUACAAGCGAGAGAACGAAGCCAAGCUGAGAGCAGUGAGCCAGAGAGUCUGCUACAGCCAGUUCAGAGACCUGGUGCUGACCUGCCACCUGAAACCUCUGAACCGUAGUGACAGAGACGGAGCUCCACGGACACCCUGGAACCCUGUCGUCCCCGGCAACAUGUCGCAUCAUGUUGCUUCAGGCAGCACGUCACAUCCUGUUGCCCCCGGCAGCACAUCACAUCAUGUUGCCCCUGGUAACACGCCACAUUCCGUCACCCCGGGCAACGAGGAAGACUUGGGACCACAGACUAUUUAAAACUCUGAUUUAAUUCAACAAUUUAGGAGUUUUGUUAUUAAUUCUUCAGUUUAUUC